AUGCGUGGGGCACCACCUCUGCUGCUGGUAGCGUCUCUGCUGGUCCCGCCUGGCUUGUCCCACACCGUAGCGUUGGAUGCAAGACGCGGUAGGCAAGCUGGGCAACAUGAGCUGCUGUUGCCGAGCACCGCACGAUCACAAGCGGCCCCCCGCAGCAGGAGAAUAAACAGCAGCAGCGACAGCAGCGGUGCUGCUGGUUUGCUUAGGGGCGGGGACGGUGCAGGGCCGGCAACGCGAUCAUCGUUAACAGCAGAGGCCGGCAGCGGCCUCAAGGACAGGGCCCGCGUUCUGGGAUACUUCGGCCUGUGGUACGCCCUCAACGUCUGGUACAACAUCGUCAACAAGAAGGUCCUCAACGCGCUGCCGCUGCCCUCCUCGAUAGCCGUCCUGCAGCUCGGGAUCGGGAGCCUGUGGGUGGGGACCCAGUGGCUUGUCCGUGCGAGAACGCCGCCGGGAAAGCUCGCCGCCACGGGCGCCGCCCGCCUGGCGCCGGUGGCCUUCUUCCACGGGGGCGGCCAGCUGGCGACGGUGCUCAGCCUAGGGGCAGGGGCGGUCAGCUUCACCCACGUGGUGAAGGCGAUGGAGCCGUUCUUCUCGGCGCUGGUGGCAGCGGUCUGGUUCAGGCAGAUCUUCCGGUGGCAGGUGUACGCGUCCCUGCUGCCCGUCGUCGCGGGAGUGUCGCUCGCGUGUGCGAAAGAGAUCAACUUCAGCUGGGUGAGCUUCCUGGCGGCGAUGGCGUCCAACCUCCUCUUCGCCUGCAGGGCCAACUUCUCCAAGGCUCUCAUGACGCGACCCCCCUUCGAGGGCGGCGCCUCCACCUCUUCCGCUAACCUCUACGGUCUCGUGACCAUCGUGUCCUUCGUGGUCUUCGCCCCGUUCGCCGCGCUGACGGGCUGGAGCAAGUGGGGGCCGGCGUGGGAGUCGGCCAUGGAGAACGGUCACCAGGGGAGGGCGCUCGUGUUGAGCGUGUUGCUGUCGGGAAUCUCUCACUACCUUAACAACGAGGUGAUGUACCUUGCGCUGGGCUCUGUGCACCCGACCACCCUCGCCGUGGGCAACACCAUGAAGCGGGUUUUCAUCGUGGUGGCCAGCCUGAUAGUGUUUAAGACCCCCAUCUCCAGGCUGGGUAUGGUGGGGUCUGCGAUCGCCGUCGGUGGCGUGCUGGUGUACAGCCUGGCGCGACAGCACUACGGUGUGUUGGACCAGGGAAAACGGCCGGAAGGCCGCAGCAGCAGCAAACGUUAGUACACAGACGCAGCGCUCUGAAAAUCACCUUCGAGGUGACGUGGGGGGCGGGCGUAGUGUUGCUAGAAGACCUAGUUACCGGAUGCUGUGAUUCAAGACGACUCA